UGUCAAUACUUGCAGUCUAUAGUCUUUGUCCGUCUCGAUGAAAUGAAGUGUUUGUGUUAAUGAUUGUGAAACAAAGAUUAUUACAAUACGAAAUAGAUGAGGCUCGGUAGAGAUCAACUUUUUAACAUUACUCAUGAGUACGGAAGAGACUCUGUUGAAUCUCGAUUUCGACAAACCGAACACAGGUAUUACGCCUCCCGAUGACGGCGUGCUAUCUCUGUCCAGUAGUACCGAAGACAUUUGUUUAGUGCCAGAGGUCGGAUUCGAAGGAAACGUGGAUUCCCUUGGCGCGAACAGGGAGUCGCAGCCGCUGCUAGGCGGCCGCGGCGACCUGGAUGUAUCCUUUAAUCAUUUUCCAGAUGACCCACAGUUCACGGAACUCGUGUGGCAGGCUGAGGUGGCCAUCGACAAUGGUAUAUUCCCAGAGCGGAUAUACCAGGGAUCCAGCGGAUCAUAUUUCGUCAAGAAUCCCGGAGGGAAAAUAAUCGGCGUGUUCAAGCCGAAGGAUGAGGAACCUUACGGGCGACUGAACCCCAAGUGGACGAAAUGGAUGCACAAGCUGUGCUGCCCGUGUUGUUUCGGUCGCUCUUGCCUCAUCCCCAACCAAGGCUACCUGUCGGAGGCGGGUGCUAGCCUUGUCGACGCCAAGAUCGGCCUCCGGGUUGUUCCUAAGACUAGGGUGGUGAAGCUGGUGUCGGAGACGUUCAACUACCUGCGCAUCGACCGCGAGCGCUCGCGCCUCAAGCGCGCCAUCACCGAGCAGUUCCCCAACCUGCGCUUCAACCGCAUGGGCCUGCCGCCCAAGAUGGGGUCGUUCCAGGUAUUCGUCGAGGGCUACAAGGACGCGGACUACUGGCUGAGGCGUUUCGAGCAGGAUCCACCGCCGGAGAGAAUCAUGGACAAGUUCCAGCUGCAGUUCGAGCGGCUGGUGGUACUGGACUACAUCAUCCGCAACACGGACCGCGGGAACGACAACUGGCUCAUUAAAUACGACGCUCCUUCGAGAGCCAUGAGCGACCCCUCCGUGAGUACACACACAUUAUGUUUACUGUCAUGCGAGGUGGGGCGGCAGGGAAUAUUACAGCCCAAUAAAGCUUAGCAAGGAAGUUAGAAUGUUAAAAUAAGGCAAUUCAAUAAAAUACUUUAAUUUUCUCUGAUUUAUUCCAGCAACAGUUCCAUUGUGACCAAUUUUUCAUCCAUCUUUUUUGAAAUGAAAUCAAUAAAGCAAUUAUUCGUGUAUCAGGAGUGGUCGGGCGAGUCGGAGGUGCGCAUCGCGGCCAUCGACAACGGGCUCGCCUUCCCGUUCAAGCACCCGGACUCGUGGCGCGCCUACCCCUACCACUGGGCCUGGCUGCCGCAGGCCAAGAAGCCCUUCAGUCAAGAGACCAAGGAGCUGGUGCUGCCGCUGUUAUCCGAUAUGAACUUCGUACAGGAGUUGUGUGAUGAGCUACACGUGUUAUUCAAGCAAGACAAAGGCUUCGAUCGAAGUCUAUUCGAAAGGCAGAUGUCCGUGAUGCGCGGCCAGCUGUUGAACCUCACGCAGGCGCUGAAGGACGGCAAGAGCCCCGUGCAGCUGGUGCAGAUGCCGGCCGUCGUGGUGGAGAGGUCGAAGGGCAGCGGCGCGACGCGUUUCUUCGACUCGUUCCAGCAGCGCUUCCAGCACAAGUCGCCCUUCUUCUCCUGGUGGUGACGAAACCAACGAAACACGGGAACGGUGCGGCUGUUAUAUAUAGAUAACCACUUGUAUGUAUGUACGUAGCGCAUUAACUAUUUGUAUGAACCGUUGCAGUUGAGGCGACCUCCAGAACGCAUCGCUCGGCAUUCCAUUUGUACAUAGUUUUAAGUAACUAAAUGAUUUUAAUAGUGAAACAAAACUUAUAUGUGAUAUAUUUAUUCCGUGGAGUGUGAAAACUGGAAUGGACUAAUUAUUAUUUAUCAUUAAAUUAAAAAAAAAAAACUA